GAUAGUGAUGCUGUGGCAGCAGUCUGUAUGGAGGAGUUUAAAAGCCCAAUCCUAAAAUUUUAAAAUACAAAGAAUCUUAGAUAAUCCGGAAUAAAUGCACCCCAAAAUUUUAUGCCUUUCAGGCAUAUUGUUUCCAGCUAAUCGGAGCAUAAAGCUUUUUUUUGUUUUGUUGGCUAAAUCAGCGAUGGCAGGAAGUGCAACAACAUUAGCAACAAGGUUUCAGUUUUGUGCCUUGUUACUUUUGAUCAGCAGUACAACAGUUUUGUGUGGAAACAUAAACAGUAAUUUACUGAGGGAAAAUGAACGGAGCUGCAACAAAAAUAAUAAAGCAGCCCUUUUUGUGUUUGGAGAUUCGCUAUAUGAUCCUGGUAACAACAACUAUAUCAGCACAAACACCAAUUUCCAGGCUAAUUUUUGGCCCUACGGCAAAUCAUUUUUCUCUGAACCAACCGGACGAUUCUCUGAUGGUCGCCUAAUCCCUGAUUUUAUCUGUGAGUACGCUGGACUGCAGUUAAUUCCACCAUAUCUCCAAACUGGGAAUCAGCAUUAUCUUUAUGGAGCAAAUUUUGCAUCAGGGGGGGCUGGUGCUCUCGAUGAAACAAAUCCAGGACUGGUGGUAAACCUCAACACACAGUUGAAUCAAUUCAAGAAUGUAGCAACUCAACUAGCGCAGAGGCUAGGAGAGGAAGAAGCCUCAGCCCUUCUCUCCAGAUCUGUUUAUAUGUUUAGCAUUGGGGUUAAUGACUACUCGAGCACCAUCAAGGGAGAUUCUAAACAAUUUAGGAACAUGAUUAUAGGAAACUUGACCUCUGUUAUCAAAGCAAUAUACAAGACUGGGGGGAGGAAAUUUAGUUUUGUUACCUUACCGCCCUUGGGUUGUUUCCCAAGCAUAAAGGCGCAAAAUGCAGGAAACAAAACCAACCAUGGAGACUUUUGCAGAGAAGAUUUAACGGCACUCGUACAAGAACACAACACAGCAGUUUCCAAAAACCUGGAGCAGUUGGAGAAGCACUUAAAAGGGUUUAUGUAUUCUUUUUUUGAUUUCUACACAACUUUUUAUGACAGAAUGAUUAAUCCAACAAAAUAUGGUUUUAAGAAUGGAGAGAGUGCAUGCUGUGGCAGCGGUCUGUAUGGAGGAGUUAAUAGCUGCGGUGGGAUGAGAGGGAUAAAAGAGUACGAAGUAUGCAGUAAUUCCAGUGAGUAUUUGUUUUUUGACUCUGUUCAUCCCAGUGAAAUGGCUUAUCAGCAAUUGGCGAAGCUAAUGUGGGAAGGAAGUUGUAGUGUUACAGGCCCCUGCAACCUCAAGUCAUUUUUGAGCCUGUAACUUGUGCUGCUUCUCCUCAGAAAUUCAGUCAAUAAUUUCAGAAGUGAUAACCAUUGACAUUGAAAAUUAACUAUAAAUUCUUGGAAGAUUCAAAAAAAAAAAAGGGAUGGAUUAUUUGUUUAUUC